AGAGAAACCGUUUCUGGAGCACCGGUGCUCGCUGUGGGACUGACACCUCGGUGGGAAUGAAAAGGACAAUAACGCAGAGAAUAUGACUUUACGGACAGACACGAAGACGUCCACGAGGAAGAGAGAGAACCCAGCUCUGCGUGCAGCAGCUUUCAUGUGCAGCCGCUCGGCCGGUUCCACGCAGGUGGAGGCGGUUCUGCCGAGGCCUCGCUUCCACCUAGACCUCUGGCUCAGCUUCACCUUCCAGAAUUGGAUCCUGGAUGUUGGCCGUCCCGUCGUCAUGCUCGUCCUCCCUGCCGAUUGGCUCCCUCUGCAGCAUCCUGGGGUUGCAGACCAUCUCCACUUCCUGUACAACGUCACGGCUCCGCUCAUACUUCUCAAAAUGCUUGAACGCAGCCCCUGGAUGCUCCCGGGCCUCGCCGUCCGCCUUGGCAUCAUCGCCGUUUCCAUGGGAACCACCCUUCACUUGGUGGCAGACUCCAUCACGAGACGCCUGCUGCUGAUUGGUUACCAGCUGCACCUGCCUGUUAGAGAGAAUCCAAUAAUGAGGAACCUCAAACCUUCGGCCCUGGUUGACGUCUUUGAGCUGCUGUUUCACUACGAUGACACUGUUGGUCACAUGAUGUGGUACGUCCCUUUCUUCCUCGUCCUCGUGCUCUUCUUCAAUGGUUGUUUCAGUCGCAGGGAGCAGGAGGAGAGGAUGCCACCGUCAGCGUGGAUGCUACUCGCUCCAAACGCUGCCUACUACUGGUAUUUAAUCACAGAAGGACAGACCUUCAUCCUCUUCACCUUCACCUUCUUCGCCAUGACCACUACAGUGAUGCAUCAGAGGAGGCGGGGCUUGUUUCUCAACAGUGAUGGGCUUUUCAUGUUCUACAGUUUCUCUGCAGCUCUGAUCCUGGUGGCGAUCUGGGUGGCCUGUCUGUGGAACGACAGCAUCCUGAGGACGACAGUCCCCGGACUGAUCUACAUCCCACGGCCCUGCACCGUCUACACGCUCCACCUCCACCAGAUGAGCCACAUAUGACGGAGUUAGAAAGAGAAGAAUAAGGAUCUGUCGCAGAAUCACAGGAACGCCAUGAUGAAACUGUUUAUGGUUUUCACUGGAUAUUAGAAAUACAGCCUCACAGCAUCCACACGUUUCCACCUGUUUAUUACUGGGAUACAACAACUGAAAGCAGCUCACAAACCACCAAAAAUAUUCAUUCUCCUCAGCUCACGCUCAAUGAUUUUCCCUAAGAAACAUGAAAAAUGCAGCUGAAAUAUAUAAAAUCAAAUAUUUGUUUAAAUAUGUGUGGAUAUAUGUGAAUAAAACUGAACCAAGUAAAUGUAUCUGAAUA